AUGGAAGAUACCCGGUGACCCAUAUCACACAAACACAAACACACACAUCAAAGCACACACUCUUGUUCUGUGACUGAACCCACGCUUUCAUUGUGUGAUGGGAGAAUGACAUUGGCUCUGAGUUCGCCGGUCACAUGGGUGUCCGUUCCUUCAUAAAUGGUGGCUGCAAGCCGGAGACACUCCAUCUGACUGAGGUACACACAUACAGACACAGGCAUACACAUGCACACCAGAGACACGGCGGGUUUCAGAACCCCUCUGAACGGGCUUUGCCCAUGCCACUAACACCACCUGCGGAGUCUGAUCUGGAACCAAAAAUGAACUGGGCGUCUUUUUAUGCCGUGAUCAGCGGCGUGAACCGGCAUUCCACAGGCAUUGGGCGGAUUUGGCUGUCUGUUCUCUUCAUUUUCCGUAUCAUGGUUCUGGUGGUGGCGGCGGAGAGCGUGUGGGGCGAUGAGAAAGCUCAUUUUAUCUGCAACACCCAGCAGCCUGGCUGCAACAGCGUGUGCUACGACCACUUCUUUCCCAUCUCUCACAUCCGACUUUGGGCACUGCAGCUCAUCAUGGUCUCGACCCCCGCCCUGCUGGUUGCCAUGCACAUUGCACAUCGUCGGCAUAUCGACAAAAAGUUGUAUCGCCAAGCUGGCCGCACCAGUCCAAAGGACUUAGAGCAGAUAAAGAAUCAAAAGAUGAAGAUUACCGGUGGCCUUUGGUGGACAUACAUGAUAAGCCUGCUGUUCCGUGUGUUAUUCGAAUCUGCGUUUAUGUAUCUCUUCUACAUGAUCUACCCAGGCUACAAGAUGUUCCGGCUGGUAAAGUGUGAUUCGUACCCGUGCCCAAACAUAGUCGAUUGCUUUGUGUCCCGGCCAACUGAGAAAACGGUGUUCACUAUAUUUAUGCUUGCGGUGUCUGGCAUCUGCAUCCUGCUCAACAUCGCAGAAAUCAUAUUUCUUGUUGCUAGGGCAACAAGUCGCCAUCUCAAUAACUCCAAGGACUCUGCAGUGGGAGCCUGGAUCUCACAGAAAUUGUUUUCCUUUUAGAAGUGCUCAUCUAGUCACCCCGAAAGCUAAAUAUUUCACUCAAACUCUUAAUGUUAAUAAGGCCUAAUGAUAUCCUCACCUCAUUGAUGAUGUGUUUAUUUUAUAACUCAAUGGCCCAGUUUCACAGACAGGGUUUUGAUAAAGCCAAAGCCAAAGGGGCAUAGAAUUUAGUAUGGACGCCAGGGACGUGUCCCUACCAAUAUCCAGUGACACUGAUAUAUCCCUGGCUAGCAAUAAUUUUUUUCAAAACUGAAAUUAUAUUUAUAUAUGUCCCCGUCUCACCAAUUUCAAAAUCAAACCUACGCCACUGCUUAGUUCAAUUAGGGAAUUUAUGUGGCUUUUAUAAACGUGGCUUAGAAAAAAAAAACAUUACUGAUGUGUUUACCAUCUUGAGACAAAACAAUUUGGUUAAAACAGCUCAAACGUUUUAGUCUGGGACUAGGCUUAAGCCUUUUCUGUGAAACUGGGGAAAUACUUUUUAAAAUAUGUAGACAUGCAUUAUAUUACUUCAGACAUUUUUAGACCAUUGUUUAAAUGAAUUUACACUGCUGUAUAAAAUGUUAUAUUGUUGCUAAAAAUACUACAAUUAAAGAAAAUCUUAAUCUUAA